AUGAGUACACACGAAACAAGUUCGCAAUAUAUAACCCAAAAUUCUAGAUGCGGUGGAAAUAAAUCCUGGUACCAGCAUAAGAAGAUUGGCUUCUCGAUUAUACCUUCCGAUCAGUUGUUCAGCGAACAAUACGUGAUCAAGGUCUCUGCCCGUACCACGUACAGAAGGUACAAGCGCUUUAAAAAGAGGAUUUGCCAAAAAGAGUUUAGUUUUUUCUGUUCGGUUAUUAAUGUACCGCCUCCUAUUGUGACUUAUGUUGCUAAACCUUGUCCAGUGUCAGACUGGCCUAUUAAAUUUAAUGGUAAUCCUCAAGAUUUAUUUUCAUUUUUAGAAACUGUUACUGAGCUUUCUGAAUCACGUAAAGUUAGUGAACAAGAUUUAUUUUCUUCCGCAGUAGAACUUUUUACCGGGAAUGCUUUUAUUUGGUACAGAAGUAUUAAACAACAUGUUACAGAUUGGAAAUCUCUUGUAGAAAGAUUAAAGAAAGACUUUUUGCCACCAGAUAAUGAUGACAAUAUUUGGUCGCAAAUUAAAUCUUAUAAACAACGAAAAAAUGAAAGUAUUUUAAUUUUUAUAGCAACUUUAGAGAAUCUUUUUAGUAGAUUAAGUAAAUGCCCUAGUGAGGUUAAUAAGAUUAAAAUUAUUAGACAAAAUUUACUUCCUGAAUACAUUACUCAGUUAGCUUUAGUUGAUGUUUUAUCUGUGUCUGAACUCUCUAAUUUGUGUAGAAAAUUAGAAAAUGCUAAACAUCAGAAUGAAAAACGAUCUAGAAGUUUAAAUGUUUCUCAAUUGAAUACCACUCCUGAUUCUAGCUCGUCUGAUUCUCAUCGAGUACAGUUUUGUAAAAAGUCUAAGAAUGUCAAUGCUCAAAACAAAAAUAAAAAUACUACUGUUCGGUCUGCUAGUUAUUCUGUAGCGUCGUCGUCUUCUGACCCUGAUAUGGUAAAUACUUCUUCGAGUAUGCCCAGAUCUGUAGAAAAUUCAGGUAAGGAAGCAACCUCGCGUUUAGUUUGUUGGAAUUGUUCUGGUCCAAAUCAUACAUUUCAUGAUUGUCGACAGAAACGUAAGGUUUUUUGUUUUAAAUGUGGUAAUUUAGGUGUUAAGUCACCGGCGUGUCCCAAAUGUUCAAAAAUACUAAUUGGACGAACUCGUGUUUCUGGUCGUGCAGUUCAAAAAUUCAAACCCAGAAAUUUAUUUUCAGAAUCUGAUUGGAAGAAGUGGUUAUUAUGUGUUAAGAAUUUUUAUAGAUCCACCACUACCAAUCAUAAAGUUUCUCCUUCAGAUAUUUCAGAUAAUGAUUCUUUUGUAUGUCCGCAAAUUUCCGUUUUGAAUAUAGAUUUAGACCAUACUGACGCAUGGUAUGAGACUAUGAAGCAAAAGAUUUUAGCUUCACCUGGUUCAUUUCCACAGUGGAAAGUUGAAGAUGGUUUUCUUUUUAAGUUUAUUCCGGUACAGUUACCAUUUUCAUCAAAUCUUCAAGAAUGGAAGCAGGUUGUUCCACGUCCUCAACGUCGUAAUAUUAUCGAAUCAUGUCAUAAUCCGCCAACUUGUUCGCAUUUGGGUUUUUAUAAGACUUUAUCGAGACUUCAAGAACAAUUUUAUUGGCCCAAGAUGAGAGCCGAUGUUCUUAAAUUUGUUAGGAGUUGUCGUGUUUGCGGAGCUCAAAAAUCUUCUAAUACUAUGCCGUUAGGUAAGAUGGGAAAAGAAAAGCAAGUUAAUAUGCCUUUUCAGACAAUCGCUUUAGAUCUUAUGGGUCCUUUUCCUAGAUCAAAAAAGGGUCAUAAGUGGCUUUUAGUUGUUGGCGAUUGGUUUUCGAAGUAUGUUCUUCUGUGUCCGUUGCGUUCAUCAAAAUCUCCCUAUAUUGUGAAGUAUCUUGAGAAUGAAGUUUUUCUUACCUAUGGAGUACCUCAACAUAUAAUUUGUGACAAUGGUCCUCAAUUUGUUGCGAAAGAAUUUAGAGAUUUAGCUAAGAAAUACCAAGUUCAGAAGAUCUGGUAUAAUGCUGUGUAUUCUCCUCAAUGUAACUUUGUUGAGCGAAUGAAUAAAACUGUAGGAACAGCUAUUAGAACUUAUGUUAAACAGCAUACAGAUUGGGAUGUUCAGCUCUCUAAUAUUCAGUUUGCUUUAAAUACUUCUAAACAUGAGGUCACAGGUUUUUCUCCUUCAUUUUUAGUUUUUGGUAGACAUAUUCCCAUCUCUGGUAAGUAUUAUGGUCAAGUUAAAUUUUCUGAAGAUUUUGAAAUUAUGCCUGGCGAUCGCAACUCUUACGCUUCUGAACUCAAAAAUCUUUAUAGUGUCUUUAGCGAAGUCCGUAAGAAACUUCAUGCUGCUUAUGAAAGAAACUCGAAGUCUUAUAAUUUGCGUAGGCGUGAUUUAUCUUUUCAGGUUGGUGAUUUGGUUUGGAGACGUAAUAAGGUCUUAUCAAAUGCUGGUAUUAACUUUUCAGCCAAGUUAGCUCCUCGUUUUAUUUUAUCUUCAGUGCGAAAGAAAAUCUCGAAUUUAGUUUAUGUUUUAGUAGACGAGAAUGGUACUAACGCAGGCCGCUGGCAUAUAAAAGAUCUUAAACCAUACCAAGGUCACACGAUUGACGACGAUGAUACAGAAAAUGUCUCUACUACGUCACAGUAAUUCAAAUAAUCUAUUAUGUCCGAUUCCUUUUUAGGGUUUAGUCUAACGGAUACAUAGAUUAUAUU